AUGACGACAUUUCGAGCUAUCGUUUCACCGAUUAAAAGUGGUGUUUUUGAGUUAGUUGAAGAAGAUGGCGAAAAAGUCCUUAAAACGAACGAUAAGCACAGUUAUUUUUGUAAUGUAGCAAAAGAAGUCCAAGAUAUGCCUUGUAUUUAUGCCGUUGGAGUAGAUAUUGAUGACGUCACCGAUAAAAUAGAAGAGAAAGUGGAAGAUAAAGAAAAGACUACUGAUUUAGAAAAUGAACAGAAAAGAGUAAUUGAGAUAGAUGGACAUAAAAUGACCUUUGAAGUCUUACCGUUUUAUCUAUGCCAAAGUAUUCCAAAAAGGGAAAUAGUUGAGCAGAGUGGUGGUAAUCCUUUGAGUAAUUACGGAUUGUCUUUAGAAUUUGGAUCGAAUGCGUUUAGUAAGCGACACAAGAAAAGUGAGUUGAUGGCGUCCGUAGGAACUAGUUUAGAGAGUUAUAAUGAGAGCUUGUACCAGACUAAAAGAACUCAAAUCUUACCGGACCAACUGCUACAACAAGUAGAGAUUGUACCACCACAGCACCCAAACCCAACAAAACCAUUAGACAUGUACACUCCUGAUUGUAUUUUAGGAUAUGACCCUUCUUUACUAUUCCAGGACAUUCCUACUUCAGUCAAUUUAAUCGAUCCGGCUGAGUACUUUAAUGUUUCGGAACUAGUUCAGCCGUACUUACAAAAAGUCUGGCCUCGACAACAGCUGGAGUUGAUUUUGAUUAUGGAUGGAUUAGUCCGUAUCUUAACUCUUCAGAACAAGAGUUCAGUAGCUAAUCUGUGUAUGAAAUUGACUCCAAUUCAUAGUGAGUUAAUUAAACGGAUUGUAGAAGCAUUAGCACUAAAGGAUUUACUGACGGCCAGACAAGUUUCUAUGUCGCUCCGAGAAAGAGAGAUAGUCUUUGCCCGUAUUAUAGUAAUUCUGUUGUUACUGCAGAAUGGCGAGAUUAUCAUUGGCGAGACAAUGCCAAUUCUAAAGCUGAUUUCAGCAGCCAACGUUCCUAGGGUGAUGCGAGCUCUUGGGUGCACUACCAAAGCCAGUAAGAACGAGCCCGGCAAAUACCUUCUCACUGGAGUGACCAAGAAGAAACAAUAA